AUGUCUCAACUUACAGAGCUAUCCACAGAAGGGGCAGCAGAAGAGGACACCACUAUCACAGCUCCAAAGGCUACUUCCAUUGCCACUUCAACCACCAAAAUCUCUACUACAGCUUCAAAACCCCUGGCUCACCUCAAGACAACAGAGAAAACAAGCAACACAAAUACAACAGAGAUGAUUAUCACAGCCUCAGAUGCUUCCCAUAAUGUCCUAGGGAUCACAGCAUCAUUUCCCACCAGCUCUGGAGAAAACACUAGCAUGGUCCUCAGUACAAGACCAUCCUCUUAUAGUAGAGAACCAGAGAGCAUGGCUUUAUGGAGUCACAGUCUUAGGACAGAGACAAGUCAAGUUGUUAAUCCUUUGCCCAUAUCCUCUGAUGAGUCUGAUACAGUAUCAUUGGUCACCCAUUCUUUAGAGAUUACUUCAGCUGUUGCCAAGAUAACCCAGAAUGCUUCUCAGGAUGAAUCAGAUUCCAUGGUGUCCACAGCCACUACUCCCAGAGAAGAAGCCAAUUCAGCCAUUGCAGCAGCAGCAGUUUCCCCCGUGAUACCAGAUUUGGUGACCUCACGGAUUAGCAGGCCUGAAGAAAGCACCAUUUUGUUUAUUCCAACUCUCACUGAUUCCCAGAGUGAACCAAAGUCAACAGGCUCUGGGAUCACCAAGGCUAGGACAGAAGUCCCCUCAGCCAUUCCAACAGUCCUCAUGACAACUCCAGAUGUUUCCCAUAUUGUAUCAGAUAGUGUGCCCUCAGUGACCACCAAUUCUGAGACCGAAGCCAGAUCAAAUUCUUCAACUUCUACUACUUCAUCUAAUGUAUCAGAAAUACUGACUUCACUUGUCACUACUUUUAGGACAGUCACCAGCAGCAAUAUUCCAACUUUGACUCUUUCUUCUGAUAAACCAGAGACAGGAGCCUCAAUGAUCACUCAUACUGGGGUACAAGAUACUUCAUUCCUUCCAACUAUGACUGCUUCCUCUGGUGUACUUGGGAUAGUGACUUCACUAGUCCCUAGUUCUGAAAUAUACACCAGUACAAUUUCCCCAGCAAUAGCAAGAUAUUCACAAAAAAUGGAGAAAAUAACAUCACAAGUAACCCUUUCUGCAACAUCAGAAAAUAGUUCUUCUGUUACAACUCUUACUACUUUACCAAGUGAAGCAGCUGAAUCAGCCUUAUUUGUUACCAAUCCUGAAGAGAACAGCCUAAGGGUUCCCAGGACAAGACCAAAUUUUUCCCAUAUUGAAUCUCAUACCACACCCCCAACAACCAUCACUAUUGAACAAGAAGCCUUAUCAUCUGUUCCAACUAUAGCUAUCUCGACUAGUAUUCCAAAUAUGACAACACUAGAAGGCCAUGGUUCCGAGGAAGAUGCUAGAACAUCUAAACCAAUUUUGAGUCUUCAUCCUUCUGAACCACAUACAAAAAUUUCUCUGAUCGCUCAUUCUGGGGAAAAGACUAGUUCAUCCACAUCUACUAUUGUUGUCUCUCCAGGUGUAACAGAAAUCAUGAGACCAGUAUUCCCUAGCUCUGAGACAUGGAUAGAUACAAGAAAUAAAACUAUUUCCUCAGGUCAGCCAGAGACCACAACAUCAUGGACUAUGAAUCCUGAAACAGAAGUAACCUCAAGGGUGAUACAUACAACCAUCUCACCUAGUCUUCUAGAUCUAGUGACCUCAAAAUCUGUGAGCCACACUCCUAAACCGCAGACUACACUUUCAUUGGUAACUGAUGCUGGGGCAGACUACAAUUCAUCUACGUCUACUCUGGCUGACUUUCCAAGUAUAAGAGAAGUGACCACUUCACUGGUCACUAAUGUAAGUUCCAAAAAUCAUGCAACAACUUCAACUCCAACUUUUUCCCCAGUAAAACCAGAGACAACAAUAUCUUGGAUGAGCAAGCUUCAAAAAGAAGCCACUUCAGAGGUCCUAAUGACAAAUGCAAAGCCUAGUGUUCCAGACAUGGUGACUUCAACAGUUCUGAACCACACACCUUCUGAACCACAGACAACAUCAUUGGUCACCAAUGCUGGGGGACAGCUCAGUUUAUCCAUGUCUUCUCUCCAGGCUUCAUCUCCAGGUAUAACAGAAAUGACACCACCAUUAUUCACUAGCUUUGGCACAGACAGCUAUGCAAAGACUACAACUCUGGCUGUUUCCCCAGGUCAACCUGACAUCAACGUUCCGUGGGCCACCCAUCCUGGAACAGAAGGUACUUCAGGGGUUUUAUCUACAAUGAUCUCACCUAGUGUGUCAGAAAUAAUGACUGUACCAACCGUUAUUCCUUCUGAACCAUAUACUUCAAUUUCAUUGGUCACUGACAUUGGGGAACAGCCUAGUUCAGCCAUGUCUGCAAGGCCUGUCUCUCCAGGUAUGACAGAAAUGAUCCCAUCACUGGUCACUAGUUAUGGCACAGAAAAUCAUCCAGUGACUUCAACUUUUGCCAUUUCUCCAAGUCAAUCAGAGGCCACAGCCCCAUGGGUCACCAAUCCUAGGAAAGAAGACCCUUCAGGAGUUGUAACUUCAGCCAUAUCAACUAGUGCUCCUGGUAUGAUGGCUUCAACAUCUCUAAACCACAUUUCUUCUGAACCACAGAACACAUCAUUGGCCACUCAUGCUGGGAGACAACACAGUUUGGACACGAAUAGCAUGGCAGUCAUUCAGGGUAUAACAGAAAUCACAUCACUUGUCAACAGCUCAGGUAUAGAAAGCCAUGCUGUGCCUACAUUUAUAGUGUCAUCCCCCAUAAAACCAGAGGCCACAUCACUAGGAGUAACCCAGUCUAGAACAGAAGGAACAUCAGGGGUGCUAUCUACAACUGUUUUAUCUAGUGUACAAGGAAUGAUGACCAGAACUAUUAUUCCUUCUGAACCACAUACUGAAGAUUCAUUGGUAACCAACACUGGCGAAGAGCCCAGCUCAUCCAUGUAUACAAGCCCUAUCUCUGCAGGUAUAACACAAAUGAUACCAUUCCUCCUCACUAGCUAUAACACAGAACAGUAUUCAGUGUCUUCAACAUUGGAUGCUUCUUUGAGUCAACCAGACACAACAGAACCAUCACUCACUUAUCCUGAAAAAAUAGACAAAUUAGGGGUUCUAAGUACUACCAUUUCAACUGGUAUCCCAGAAAUGAUCACUUCAACAAAUCUUAUUCCUUCUAAACCACAUACCACAUUUUCAUUGGCCACUCACAUUUGGGAACAAUCCAGUUCAGCCAUGUCUUCAAGGCCUGUCUCUUCUGGUCCAACAGAAAUGAUGAAAUCACUGCUCACUAGCUCAAGCACAGAAAACUUUUUAAUGACUUCAACUCUGGCUGUUUCCCCAGAUCAACAUGGGACCACAGGUUCAUGGGCCACCCAUCCUGAAAAAGAAGGCACUUCAGAGACUAUAAGCACAACUUUCUCACCAGCUGUUCCAGAUAUAAUGACCUCAACAACUCAGAACCACACUCCUUCUGAACCACAGACCAUAGCAUCAUUGGUCACCUAUGCUGGUAGACAUCCAAUUUCAUCUAUGUCUACCCAGGCUGUCUCUUCAGGUGUAACAGAAAUAAUGACACCUCAGGCCAUUAGUUAUAACAUGGUGACACAUGAAACUAGCCCUGCUCUUCUUGUUUCCCCAGUGCAAAGUGAGUCUACAGCCUCAUGGACAACUCAUGUGGAAAGAGGAACCACUUCAGGUGUUUUAAAUACCACCAUUUCAGCCAGUGUUCCAGCACCUGUUACUUCCCCAACUUUUAUUCCUUCUGUACAACAUUCCACAGUUGCACUUGUUACCCCCAAUGGUCAACAGUCCAACUCUACCAUCCCUACUCUGGCCCUCUUUCCAGGGAUAAUAAAGGAGACACCAUCAAUGGUCCCUAGCUCUGGCACAAAAAAUAUUUCAGCAGCUACAACUCUGGCAGUUUCUACAGAUCAAGCAGAGGCCACAGAUUCAUGGGACACCCAUUCUGUAAAGGCAUUCACUUCAGACAUUAUAACUACAACUAAGCUACCUAAUGCUCCAGAGAACAUAACUCUAACAAGUCUGGCCAGCUCUUCUGAAACACAGACCACAAUACCAGUGGUUACCCAUGCUGAUGUACAACCCAGUUUAUCCAUAUCUACUCUGGCUGUUUCUUCAGGAGUAACAGAAAUGAUGACAUCCCGGGCCAGUACUACUGGAACAGCAGCACAUGAAACCAGUCCAGCUCUACUCGUUUCCCCAGGUCAAAGAGAGACUUCAACCUUAUGGAAUAGUAUUUCAGAACUCCUUAAUGGCACAACUUUUAUUUCUUCUGAGCCACAUUCCACAAUUUCAUAUGCUACUCACAUUGGUGAGCAGUUCAAUUCAGCCAUGCCUACUCUGGCUGUCUCUCCAAGUAUAACAGAAAUGAUUCCAUCACCGGUCACUAAAUCUACUACAAAACAUAAUUUAGCAGCUACAACUCUGAAGGUUUCAACAGAACAAAUAGGAACCACAACUGUAUGGGUCACCCAUCGUGGAAAAGAUGACUCUUCAGGGAAUUUAUCUACAAACAUGUCACAUACUAUUCCAGACAUGAUAACCUCAACAACUCUGAGCCACACUCCUUCUGAAACACAGAACAUAACAUCAUUGGCCACACUUCCUAGUGGACAUCCCAGUUCAUCCAUAUCUACUCAGGUUGAUUCUUCAGGUGUAACAACAAUGACACCAUCACUAGUCACUAGCCUGGACAGAGAAAACUAUACAAUUACCUCAACUCUGGAUGUUUCCAUAGGUCAGUCUGAGACCACAGCCACAUUGAUCACCCAUCCUGAAAGAGAAGCCACAUCAGGAGUACCAACUACUCCAAUUACAACUGGUAUCCCAGAAAUGAUGACCACGACACGUCUUGUUCCUUCUGAACAACAUAAUACCAUUUCACUGAUCACUCAUAUUGAGGGACAGCCCAGUUUAACCUUAUCUACAAGGCCUGUGUCUCCAGGUAUAGUAGAAAUGGUACAUUCAUUGGUCACUAAUGUAAGUGCAGAAAGUUAUCCUAUGACUUUAAAUGUGAGUGUUGCCCCACAUAAACCAGGUACCACAGCUCCAUGGGUCAACCAUCCUGGGGAAGGAGGUACUUCAGGAAUACUAUCUACAACCAUCCCACCUAGUAUACCAGAAAUGAUGACAUCACCAUCACAAAGUCUUAUUUCUAGUGAACCACACACCACAGUGUCACUUGUCACUCAUGUUGAGGGACAGCCCAGUUCAGCUAUGUCUUCAAGUCCUGUCUCUUCUGGUAUAACAGAAAUGAUGCAAUCAAUUCUCCCUAGCUCAAGCACAGAAAGCUUUUCAAUGGCUUCAACCAUGGCUGUUUCCCAAGGUCAACCGGGGACCACAGGUUCAUGGGUCACCCAUCCUGAAAAUGAAAGCACUUCAGAGAUUCUAAGUACAACUAUCUCACCUACUCUUCCAAACAUAUUGACCUCAACAACUCUGAACCAUACUCCUUCUGAAGAAAAUACAGUAAGAUCAUUGAUCACCUAUGCUGCUAGCAACCAUACUCUAUCUAUGUCUACUCAUGGUUUCUCUUCAGGUGUAACAGAAAUAAUGACACCUCAGGCCAUUAGUUCUAGCAUGGUGACACAUGAAACUAGCCCUGCUCUUCUUGUUUCCCCAGUGCAAAGAGAGUCUACAGCCUCAUGGACAACUCAUGUGGAAAGAGAAACCACUUCAGGUAAUCUAAAUACCACCAUUUCAGCCAAUGUUCCAGCACCUGUUACUUCCACAACUCUUAUUCCUUCUGAACAACAUUUCACUGUUUCAUUUGUUACUCCCAUUGGUAAACAGUCCAACUCUACCAUCCCUACUCUGGCCCUCUCUGCAGGAAUAACAAAGGAGACACCAUCAAUGGUCCCUAGCUCUGGCACAAAAAAUAUUUCAGCAGCUACAACUCUGGCAGUUUCUACAGAUCAAGCAGAGGCCACAGGUUCAUGGGUCACCCAUUCUGUAAAGGCAUUCACUUCAGACAUUAUUACUACAACCAUGCCACCUAGUUCUGCAGAAAACAUGAUUACAAUGAGUAUGACCAGCACUCAUUCUGAACCACAGACUAUAACAUCAUUGGUCACCCAACAUGGUGGAUAUUCAAGUUUAUCUAUGUCUAUUCAUGAUGUCUCUUCAGGAGUAACAGAAAUGAUGACAUCCCAAGCCAGUACUACUGGAACAGCAUCACAUGAAACCAGACCAGCUCUACUUGUUUCCCCAGGUCAAACAGAGACUAUAGCCUCAUUGUCAACCCAUGCUGAAAGAGAAGAAACUGCAGAUUUUCUAAAAACCACCACUGCAAUUAGUGUUUCAGAUCUCCUUAAUGCCACAACUCCUAUUUAUUCUGAACCACAUUCCAGCAUUUCUUUUGCCACCCACAAUGGUGAACAGUUCAUUUCAGCCAUUUCUACUCUGACUGUCUCUCCAGGCAUAACAGAAAUGAUGUCAUCAUUGGAUACUAGGUAUGAUGCUGAAAACAAUUCAACUCUGGUGGUUUCCAAAGAUCAUCCAGGGACUGUAGCCCCAUUGGGUACUCAUUCUGGAAAAGAAGACUCUUUCAGGAAUCUAUCUACAACUAUAUUACCUAAUAUUGCAGACAUGAUGCCCUCAACAACUCUGAACCACACACCUUCUGAACCACAGACCACAACAUCAUUGGUCACCCAUGCUGGUGGACAUCCCACUUCAUCCAUGUCUACUCAGGUUGUUUCUUCAGUUGUAACAACAAUGACACCAUCACUUGUCACUAGCUUGGGCACAGAAAAUUUUGCAAUUGCUUCAACCCUGGAUACUUCCACAGGUCAGCCUGAGACUAUGGCCACAUGGAUCACUCAUCCUGAAAGAGAAGCCACAUCAGGGGUACCAACUACUACCAUUACAACCGGUGUUCCAGAAAUGAUGGUCACAACCACUCUCAUUUCUUCUGAACCAUAUAACCCAAUUUCAAUGGUCCCCCACAUUGAUAGACAGCCCAGUUCAACCUUGUCUCCAAGCCUUGUGUCUCCAAGUAUAACAGAAAUGAUACAAUCCCUGGUUACUAGCUCAGGCACAGAGAGCCAUCCUGCGACUUCAACUGUGGGAGUUUCCCCAGAUAAACUAGGGACCACAGCCCCAUGGAUCAACCAUUCUGAAAAAGAAGGCUCUUUAGGGCAUCUGUCCACAGCCAUCUCACCUAGUGUUCCAGACAUGAUGAUCUCAACAACUCUGAACCAUACUCCUUCUGAAAAACAAACCAUAACAUCAUUGGUCACCCAUGCUGCUGGACAUCCAAAUUCAUCCAUUUCUAUUCAGGCUGUCUCUUCAGGUGUAACAGAAACGAUGACAUCCCAGGCCACUACCACUGGAGCAGCAGCACAUGAAACCAGUCCGUCUAUGCUUAGUUCCCCAGGUCAAACAGAGAUUACAGCCUCAUGGACAACUCACCCUGAAAUGGAAGAAACUGCAGGUGUUCUACAUACCACCACUGGAACUAGUGUUUCAGACCUUACUUCCACAACUCUUAUUAUUUCUGAACCACAUUCCACAGUUUCAUUUGUCACCCACAUUGGUGAACAGCCCAAUUCAGCCAUGCCUACUCUGGUUGCCUCUCCAGGUAUAACAGACACGGUAUUAGUACUGGGCAUUAGCACUGUAGCAGAAAACAAUUCAACUAUGGCAGUUUCCAGAAAUCAUCCAGAGACCAUAGCCCCAUUGGUUACCCAUUCUGGAAAAGAAGGCUCUUCAGGGGAUCUAUCUACAGCCAGGUCACCUAGUGUUCCGGACAUGAUGAACUCAACAGCUCUGAGCCACUCUCCUUCUGAAGCACAAACCAUAGCAUCAUUGGUUACCCAUGCUGCUGGACAUCCCAGUUCAUCUACAUCUACUCUGUCUGUCUCUUCAGGUAUAACACAAAUGACACCAUCACUUGUCACUAGCUUGGGCACAGAAAGUUAUGCAAGUACUUCCACCCUGGAUGUUUCCAUAGGUCAGCCUGAGAUGACAGCCACAUUGGUCACUCAUCCUGAAAGAGAAGCCACAUCAGGGGUACCAACUACUACCAUUACAACUGGUGUCCCAGAAAUGAUGGUCACAACAACUCUCAUUCCUUCUGAACCACAUAACCCAAUUUCAAUGAUCACUCACAUUGAUAGACAGCCCAGUUCAACCUUGACUACAGGGCCUGUGUCUCCAAGUAUAACAGAAAUGAUACAAUCCCUGAUCACCAACUCAAGCACAGAGAGCAAUCCUGUGACUUCAACUGUGGGUGUUCCCCCAGAUAAACUAGGGACCACAGCCCCAUGGAUUAACCAUUCUGAAAAAGAAGGCUCUUCAGGUGAUCUAUCCACAGCCCUCUCACAUAGUGUUCCAGACAUGAUGACCUCAACAACUCUGAACCACACUCCUUCUGAACCACAGACCACAACAUCAUUGGUCACCCAUGCUGGUGGACAUCACAAUUCAUCCAUAUCUACUGUGUCUGUCUCUUCAGGUAAAACAGAAAUGACACCAUCACUUGUCAGUAGCUUUGGCACAGAAAGUUAUGCAAUUACUUCAAAUCUGGAUGUUUCUAUAGGUCAGCCUGAGGUCACAGUCACAUUGGUCACCCAUCAUGAAAGAUUAACCACAUCAGGGUUACCAGCUACUACUAUUUCAACUGGUGUCACAGAAAUGAUGACAUCAACAACUCUUAAUCCUUCUGAACCACUGGCCAGAUUUUCAUUUACUACCUCUGCUGCGGAUGAGACCAAUUUAGAUCUAUCUACCACAACUGUCUCUCCAAGUAUAACAGAAAUUAUGACACCACUGGUCACUACUUCUGGGAGAGAGACACAUGAAACUCCUCCAGUUCUAUUUGUUUCCCCAGGUCAAAAGGAGACCACAACUUCAUGGGUGACUCAUAUUGAAAGAGAAGCUACCUCAGAUUCUACAACUACAACUAUUUCAGCUAAUGUUCCAGAUAUGAUUACCUCACCAAAUCUUAUUCCUUCUGAACCACAUCCCAUAGUUUCACUGGCCACUGACAUUGGGGAACAGCCCAUUUCAGCCAUGUCUACAUGGCCUGCCUCUCAAGGUAUGACAGAAAUGAUCCCAUCACUGGUCACUAGUUCUCACACAGAAAGUCAUCUGGUGUCUUCAGGUCUGACCAUUUCCCCAGGUCAAACAGAGACCACAGCCCCAUGGGUCACACAGCCUACAAAAGAAGACACUUCAGAGGCUGUAACUACAACCAUUCCACCUAGUGUUCCAGACAUGAUGACUUCAACAAUUCUGAACCACACUCCUUCUGAACCACAGACAACAUCAUUGGUCACCAAUGCUGGGGGACAGCUCAGUUUAUCCAUGUCUUCUCUCCAGUCUUCCUCUCCAGGUAUAACAGAAAUGACACCACCAUUAUUCACUAGCUUUGGCACAGAAAGCUAUGCAACAUCUACAACUCUGGCUGUUUCCCCAGGUCAACCUGACAUCACAGUUCCAUGGGCCACCCAUCCUGGAACAGAAGGUACUUCAGGGGUUUUGUCUACAACCAUCUCACCUAGUGUAUCAGAAAUGAUGACUGCACCUACCCUUAUUCCUUCUGAACCAUAUACUGCAGUUUCAUUGGUCACUGACAUUGGGGAACAGCCUAGUUCAGCCAUGUCUGCAAGGCCUGUCUCUCCAGGUAUGACAGAAAUGAUCCCAUCACUGGUCACUAGUUACGGCACAGAAAACCAUCCAGUGACUUCAACUCUGGUCAUGUCCCCAAGUCAAUCAGAGACCACAGCCCCAGGGGUCACCAAUCCUAGAAAUGAAGAUACUUCAGGAGUUGUAACUUCAGUCAUCUCACCUGGUGCUCCUGGUAUGAUGACCUCAACAUCUCUGUACCACAUUACUUCUGAACCACAGACCACAACACUGGUCACCCAUGCAGGAGGACAGUCUUCUUCAUCCACAUCUUCCCUGGAUAUCUCUACCCAUGUAACAGAAACAAUAUCAUCACUAGUCACUAGCUCUCAUGUUCCAGAAAUGACAAUCUCACCAAAUGUUAUUUCUUCUGAAGCACAUACCACAAUUUCUGUGGUUACCCACAUUGUGCACCAGCCCAGUUCAACCAUGUCUUUAAGGCCUAUCUCUACCUAUGUAACUGAAACAAGACCACCACUAGUCACUAGCUCUCACAUAGAAAGUGAUUCAGUGUCUUCCAUUCUGGCUACUUCUUCAAGUCAGAGAGACACCCCAGUCUCAUGGGUCACCCCUCCUGUAACCAAAGCCCCUUCAAGCACUCCAAGGACAUCCAUCUUUCCUAGUGUUCCAGACAUGAUGGCCUCAUCCCCCCUUUUUCCUUCUGAACCACAUACCACAAUGUCCUUUGUCUCCCAUGUUGGAGAACAGUCCAGUUCAGCCAUGUCUACAAGUUCUAUCCCUCCAAAUAUAACAGAAAUGAUGACACCACUGGCCACUACUUCUAAGACAGAGACCCAUACAACUACUCUAACUCUGGAUGUUUCAAGUCAAACAGAUACCACAGACUCCUGGGUCAGUCAUCCUGGAAAGGAAGCAACAUCAACAAUUUCUACUCUGUCUACUUUAUUUGGUGAGCCAAAUAUAACUGAAACAUGGCUUACUGUUUCUGCCCCACCCAGUACACCACUUUCCACAACAACUCCCACAUUUUCUUAUAGUGAAUCAGACAUCACUCUCUCAGCUUCUAAGGCAGAGACCACUUCGACCAUUCCAACAACUCUUUCAUCUGAUGUACAAUAUAUGACCACUCCUCUGGUUUCUGGUUCUACGACAGAUAAUAGCAUGAUUUUUCUUCCAUUGAGUACAUGGAUGCAUGAACCAACAUCAACAGUCUCCUUGGUCACUCAACCUGCCUUAACCCAAAAAACUUCCAGUUUUUCGGAUAGUGGUUUAGAUAUAACUCCCUCAAUAGUCAAUCAUCCUGGAAUAGAAACCAGUUCAUCUGUGCCAACAACGACUGUCUCUCAUGGGGCACCAGGUGUAAUGAUUUCACAGUUCAUUAGCUCUGGGCCAAUGAACAGUACAGUUCCAACCACAGUUCUGCCUCCCAAUGAGCCAAAAAGCACAACCUCAUUAACUACCCUCCUCAAUGCAGAGACUAACAGAACAUUUCCUGUUUCAACUGGUUUUCUUUCUGUUUUGGAGACCACAGCUUCAGUGCCCAUUACACCUGGGGUAGACGUUAGUACAACUCUCUUAAAUCAGACUGUCUCCGCUGGUGAACCAGAGAUGACAAAAUUUCUUGUGAACUCAUCUGUGACUGAGGAUAGCAGAAGUGACAUGGGUACAACAAUUUCGUCUGGUACUUCUAAAGAAACAGUCUCUCUCUCCAUCUACUCUGAGACUGAGACCCAUACAACCCCGUCCCUUGUUUUAGCAGGUACCACAGGUUUAUGGGCUUCCAUCCCUUCAAGAGAAUCAACUCUGAGUAUGUCUCCUAAUGUCCCUGGGUUUCCAGGUGUUGCAACAAUUAGUAAAUUUAGCAGUGAAACUGUACCGAGCACAAAAACUUCAGCAUCUGUCACUACAGUUAGACUUCCCAAUUUCGACAGUGAUGUCACAAGCCCCAUAAUGACCUUGAUAUCAUCAGAGUCCUCAACAAGCCCACUUACUGACCUGGAAACUACAAGUGAGACUUUUCAUUUAGAUACCACAAGUUCAAGACCCACUGAGGCUAAGACCACAACUACACUACAUGGAAGUUCUUUUGCACCUCUGGCCUCCUCUAGAAUGCCCACAUGGUCUUCUGAGAAUGUGACUUCAAGACCAAGUAAGACUACAAGUAUCCCUCCAGAAUUGGUGCCAUUCACUUUCAACUUGACAAUCACCAACCUGCCUUAUACUCUGGAAAUGGGGUACUCAGGCUCCUCACAUUUCAACAUAACAGAGAAGGCCUUGAACUACCUGCUCCAGUCAUUGUUCCAGAAUACCAGCAUUGGUUCUGGCUACUCUGGUUGCAGACUGAUGUUGAUCAGGUCAGAAAAGAGUGGAGCAGCCACUGGAGUGGAUACAAUUUGCACCUACCAUCCUGACCCCAUGAGUCCUCCUCUGGACAGAAAGCAGUUGUACCAAGAAGUGACCCAGCUGACCAAUGGUAUCACCAGGCUGGGUCCCUACAUCCUGGACAAAUACAGUCUCUAUGUCAAUGGUUAUAACCAUCAGUACUUGACCCCUACCACAAACAGUACAAGCCCGUCUUUUCAACUCUUCACCCUCAACUUCACUAUAACCAACUUGCGCCAUACAGAGGGCAUGGGAUCCCAAGGAUCUGAAAUAUUCAACAGCAUGGAGAGGAUCUUGAAUCUAUUGCUCAAACCCAUGUUCAAGAAUACCAGUAUUGGGAGUCUUUAUUCUGGUUGCAGACUAGUCUCUCUGAGGCCCGAGAAAGAAGGAACAGCCACUGGAGUGGAUGCUGUGUGCACUCACCAUUCUGAUCCCAUGGGCCGUAAGCUGGACAGAGUGAAGCUGUACUGGGAAUUGAGCCAUAAUACCAAUGGUGUCACCAAGCUAGGAUCCUUCACUUUAGAAAAUGACAGUUUGUACAUCAAUGAUUUUACCCAUCAAACCUCUGCUACCACACCGAACACUCCGGUGACGCCUUCUCUGUUCUUCACAGUGACCUCCACCACACAACCUAACCUUUCAACAGUGGCCACGCCUGUCUUGACAUGGUUCACCCUCAACUUCACCAUCACUAAUCUGGAGUUCAAGGAAGACAUGCUGUACCCUGGCUCCAGGAAUUUCAACACUCUGGACAGAGUCCUCCAGCACCUGCUCAAACCCCUGUUCAAGACCAGCAGUCUAGGAUCUCUCUUUUCAGGCUGCACACUGAUGUCACUCAGGUCUAAGAAGGACGGGACAGCCACCAGAGUGGAUGCCAUCUGCAUGUAUCACCCUGACCCCAAAGGCCAUAGACUGGAUAGGGAGCAGCUAUACUGGGAGAUGAAUAAGUUGACUCAUGGUGUCAACAGACUGGGUCCCUACACCCUGGACAGGGACAGCCUCUAUGUCGAUGGUUUCACCCAUCAGAGUUCUGCACUUAUCACCAGCGCUCCUGAGACUACCACAGAAACCCUGGGAAUCUUUGGGACUCACUCCUUACCCAGAACCACAGCAAUGACUCAUUCCCUGGUUCCCUUUACCCUCAACUUCACCAUCACAAAUCUACAAUUCACACCAGUUAUGAAACAUCCAGGAUCCCUGAAGUUCAAUAAAACAGAGGCAGUCCUGCAGCGCCUGCUUGCUGCUGUGUUCAAGAAUACCACCAUUGGUUCAUUGUACUCUGGGUGCCAACUGACCUUGCUCAAGCCUGAGAAGGACCGAUCAGCCACUGGAGUGAACAUGAUCUGUAUCCUUCGAUCUGAGCCCAUGGGGGUGGGGCUGGAUCCCAAGCAGCUGUACUGGGAGCUGAGUCGUGAGACCCAUGGCAUCACACAGUUGGACUUCUUAACUCUGGACAGAAACAGCCUUUAUGUUAAUGGUUAUAAUAAUUGGUUCCUGACCUCAACAACUAGCAUUCCAGUCUCUUCUCUGGUGCCUUUCACCAUCAACUUCACCAUCACUAACCUCAAGUAUGAGGAGGGCAUGCGUCAUCCUGGUUCCCAGAAGUUCAAUGCCACUGAGAGAAUCCUACAAAGACUGCUCUGGACUUUGUUCAAUAAAACAAGCGUCAGCCUCCUGUAUUCUGGCUGCAGACUGAUCUCACUCAGACCUGAGAAAGAUGGAGCAGCCACAGGGAUAGAUGCCAUCUGUACUCACCAUCCAGACCCGACUGGAUCUGAACUGGACAAUGAGCAGGUGUACUGGGAAUUGAGCAAGCUGACCAAUGAUAUCACCCAGCUGGGCCCUUUCACCUUAGACCAGAACGGCCUUUACAUCAAUGGUUAUACACACCAGAUCCUGCCCACCACAUCCUCGAGUGAGUGUUAUGAGGCUCUCUCUAAGAAGACUUCUACGGUGACCACCAUUUCUGGCAGGAUGACAACUCCUGUCUCCAGUCCAACAGCAGUAGGCCCUGUCCUGGUGCAUUUUACUAUCAACUUCACCAUCACUAACCUGGCAUUUGAGGAGGACAUGAGUCGCCCUGGAUCCCCGAAAUUCAAUAUCACUGAGAGAGCCCUGCAAAGCCUGCUGAGGCCCUUGUUCCAAAAAUCCAGUGUUGGUCCCCUGUAUUCUGGCUGCAUGCUGACGUCACUCAGAUCUGAAAAUAAUGGUGCAGGCACAGGAGUGGAUGCUGUCUGCGCUCACCAUCCUGACCCCACUGGCCUGGGACUGGACAGAAAGACGGUGUAUUCGGAGCUCAGCAGGCUGACCUAUGAUGUCAGCAGGCUGGGCCCUUACACUCUGGACCACAACAGUCUCUAUGUUGCUGGUUACACACAUCAAAUUCUGAGUACGACCACAAAGACUUCUGUGAUGACCACUGCUUCUACAGUGAUGACUACCAAUUCUUCCAGCUCUACAGUGGCAGGCCCUAUUCCAGUGACUUUUACCAUCAACUUCACUGUCACUAAUCUGGAAUAUGUGGAAGAGAUGGGUCACCCAGGUUCCAGGAAGUUCAGUGCCACUGAGAGAACCCUGCAGAGACUGCUCAGGGCGUUGCUCAUUAAAACCAGUCUCGGCCCCCUGUACUCUGGAUGUAGACUGACAUUGCUCAGGCCUGAGAAUAAUGGAGCAGCCACAGGAGUAGAUGCCAUCUGCACCUACCAUGCCAACGCUUCUAAUGGAGGGCUGGACAGAGAACAAGUGUACUGGGAGCUGAAAAGACUGAAUGAUGGCAUCAUAAAGUUAGGGCCCUACACCCUGGACCAGAACAGUCUCUAUGUCAAUGGUUAUACACAGCAGACUCUGGCCACCACCCAGAGGAGUGAGUAUCUUGUGUCUUCACUAUUUGUUACAUCUAUGGUGGCCACUGUUUCUGAAGGAGUGCCAAAAGCUUCCUCAAUUCCCACAGCUGCCCCUGUCCCAUUGCCUUUUAUUAUCAACUUCACCAUCAUUAACCUGGAGUUUGAGGAGGACAUGGGUCAUCCUGGAUCCAGGAAGUUCAAUAUCACUGAGAGAACCCUGCAGAACCUGCUUAGGCCCUUGUUCAAUAAAACCAGUAUUGGACCACUGUAUUCUGGCUGCAGACUGAACCUGCUCAGGCCUGAGAAAGACGGAGCAGCCACAGGGGUGGAUGCCACCUGUACCUACCACUUAGACCCUACUGGCCCUAGGCUGGAAAAUGAGCAGAUAUAUGGGGAGCUGAGCAGUCUGACCCAGGGUGUCAGCCAUCUGGGCCCCUACUUCCUGGACCAGAGCAGUCUCUACGUCAAUGGUUACACACACCAGAUCCUGGCUACCACACCCAGAACCUCAAGCUCUUCUCAGAGGCUGUUCACUCUUAAUUUUACCAUCACCAACCUACCACACACAGAGGACAUGUGGGUGCCAGGAUAUGCUGCGUUCAACAAAGUGGAGAAAGUCCUGCAGCUUCUGCUCAAACCUUUGUUCCAAAAUACCAGUGUUGGCCUACUCUAUUCUGGUUGCAGAUUGACCUCACUCAGGCCAAAGAAGAAUGGAGAGGCCACCAGAGUAGACAUGAUCUGCACUUACCACCCAAACUCCACAGGCACUGAUCUGGACAGAGAACAGCUAUACUCAGAACUAGAACAGCUCACCCACAACACCACUGGACUAGGCCCCUAUGCUCUGGAACAAAAUAGUCUCUACGUAAAUGGUUACACACACCAGAUUGCAGUAACCAGCAACAGCACUAUAGAAUCCCCCUCGGUAUUAUUUACCCUCAACUUCACCAUCACCAACCUAUUUUAUGAGGAGGACAUGCAGCUCCCAGGUUCCAGGAAGUUUAACACCACAGAGAAGAUCCUGCAGGGCCUACUUGGGCCCUUGUUCAGGAACACCAGCAUAGGCCCUUUUUACACUGGAUGCAGACUGACUUUGCUCAGGCCUAAGGAAGACAAAACAGGCACAGGAGUGGACACAGUCUGCAUGUAUCUUGCUGAUCUCACAUCACCCAAGCUGGACAGAGAAAUGCUGUACUGGGAGCUGAGUGAAGUGACCCAUGGUGCCACUAAGAUGGGACCAUACAAGCUGGAUAAGGACAGCUUCUAUGUCAAUGGUUACACCCCGCAGCAUGCAAUAAACACUCUCAAUGCCACAGAGCCACUCCCGGUGUCUUUCACUCUCAACUUCACCAUCACUAGCCUACAUUACAAUAAGGACAUGCAGACUCCAGGUUCCAAGAAGUUCAAUGCCACAGAGUGGGUCCUACAGCACCUGCUUGAGACAUUGUUCAAUAAAACCAGUGCUGGCCCUCUCUACUCUGGAUGCAAACUUCUUUUGCUCAGUUCCAGGAAGAAUGGAGAAGCCACUGGAGUGGACACAGUUUGUACCUAUCACCCUGACCACAUAGGUCAUGGGCUGGCCAGAGAGCAACUGUACUUGGAGCUGAGCAAGCUGACCUAUGGUGUCACUCAGCUGGGCCCCUACACUUUGGAUCAGGACAGUCUCUACGUUAAUGGUUAUACGCAUCCAGCCUCAGGUAUAAUCCUUAACGGCAAUGAUACUAUCACAGUACCCAUUACACUCAACUUCACCAUCACCAACUUGCACUAUACAGAGGAGAUGGGCCAUCCAGGUUCUUUGAAGUUUAACUCCACUAAGUGGAUCUUACAUUAUUGGUUUGACACCUUACUCAAUAAGACCAGCAUUGCCACACAGUACUCUGGAUGCAGAUUGACUUCACUCAGGUCUGACAGCCAUAGAGCAGCCACAGGAGUGGACAUCAUCUGCACCUUCCACUUUGACCCCAGGAGUCCAGGGUUAGACCAAGAUCAGUUAUUUUGGGAGUUUAGUCAUGAGACCCAUGGCAUCACCCGUCUGGGCCCCUACACUCUGGACCAGAACAGUCUCUACAUCAAUGGUUACCAUUUUGGAGCUGCAGCCCCAACUACCACCACUGGAGAAGUCAGUGAAGAGAUGUUCACAGUGAACUUCACUAUCAACAACCUGCGUUACUCAGCCGACAUGGGCCAGGUUGGCUCCCUCAAGUUCAAUAUCACAGAUACACUCAUGCAGCAUCUGCUCAGCCCUUUAUUUCGGAGAAGCAGCCUUGGCCCCCUGUACACAGGCUGCAGAGUAGCUACUCUAAGGUCGGUGAAGAAUGGUGCCCAGACCCAGGUAGAUGUCCUUUGCACAUACCACCAGGUUCCCAAUAGUCUGGGACUUCCUGCCAAGUCAAUUUUCUAUGAUCUAAGUUGGCAGACCCAUGGAAUCACCCGACUGGGUCCUUACUCCCUGGAUAAAGACAGCCUUUAUGUCAAUGGUUACAAUGAACCUGGUCCAGACGUACCUCCUACAACUCCAGAGCCAGCCACCACCAUCUUGCCCUCCCCAUCACCAUCUCUACAGCCAGAAUCCAACACAGCUAUGUGGCACCACCUGGAAACCUUUACAAUCAACUUCACUAUCUCUAACCUUCCAUAUUCAGCAGACAUGAUCAUUGGCUCAGCCAUGUUCAACUACACUGAGAAUGUCCUACAACACCUGCUUGGACAAUUGUUUCAGAAUAACACCUUUAACUCAAGUUGCACUCUGACCUCCCUCAGGCCUCAGAAAAAUGGAACAUUCACAGGUGUGGUUACCACCUGCACCUACCAGAAUGACCCUGCACAUCCUGGACUGGAUACACAGGGUCUGUACGCAGAACUGAGCCUUCUGAGUCAUGGAGUCACCCAACUGGGAAACUACACACUGGAGAAUGAUAGCCUCUAUGUAAAUGGUUAUAAUGGACAUGUUCCAGACAUGCUUACUACAAUUCCUGAGACAAACACCACCAUCCUGCCUUUUACGUUGACAUCAGCACAGCCAAAAUCCACCACAGCUGUGGAGCAUCAUCUGAAGACUCUCACUAUCAAUUUCACCAUCUCUAAUCUUCCAUACUCAGAAGACAUGGGCUAUAGCUCAGCCAUAUUCAACUCCACUGAAAGUAUUAUACAGAACUUGCUUACACCCUUGCUCCAGAAUAUCUCAUUCAACCCAAGCUGCAGAGUGACCUCCAUCAGGCCUGAGAAGAAUCAAAACUCCAGUAGUGUAAAUGUCAUUUGCUCCUACCAACAUGACACUGCACAUCCUGGACUGCACACACAGGAGCUGUAUUCAGAGCUGAGUCAUCUGACCCAUGGAGUCACUCAGCUGGGAAACUAUACAUUGAAGAAAGAUAGUCUCUAUGUUAAUGGUUACAGUGGAACUGGUACAGAAGAACCAACCACAAAUCCAGAAUCAGCCACUAUCAUACUGCCCUCUCCAUCAACACUUGUGCAAACAGAAUCCACCACAGCUGUGGGGCACCACUUGAAGACUAUCACAGUCAGCUUCAUCAUUUCCAACCUUCCAUAUUCAUCAAAUAUGAACAAUGGCUCAGCUGUGUUCAACUCCACUGAGAAUCUCCUAAAGAACCUGAUGGCACCCUUGCUCCAUAACAUUUCCUUCAACUCAAGUUGCAGACUGGAUUCUCUCAGGCCUGAGAAGAACGGAACUGCCACUGGUGUAGAAGCCAUCUGUAAUUACUUCCAUGACCCAGCAUAUCCUGGGUUGGACACCCAGGGACUGUACUCUGACCUGAGCAAACUGACUCAUGGAAUAACUGAGUUGGGCAACUAUACACUGGACAAAGAAAGCCUACAUGUGAAUUCUCCUGAGCCAGCCACCACUGCUCUACCUUCUCCGUCUACAUCUCUGCAGCCAGAAUCUACCACAGCUAUGAGCCACCAUCAGCAGAUCCUCACAAUCAACUUCACUAUUACCAACCUUCCAUAUGCAUCAAAUGUGAGCAAUGCCUCAGCUGUGUUCAACUCAACUGAGAACAUCCUGCUACACAUGCUAGAACACCUGUUCCAGAAUGGCUCCUUCAACUCAAGUUGCAGACUGGAUUCCCUCAAGCCUAAGAAGAAUGGAACAGCCACUGGUGUGAAUGCCAUCUGUGCCUACUACCAUGACCCUGCACAUCCUUGGAUGGACAUCCAGGGGCUGUACUCACAGCUGACAAAUCUAACACAAGGAGUCACACAGCUGGAAAACUACUCACUGGACAAAGAUAGUCUACAUAUUAAUAGUUAUAGUCAACCUGGUCCAGAAGAACCUUCUACAUCUCCUGAGCCAGGCACCACAAUUCUACCUUCUCCAUCUACAUCUCUGCAACCAGAAUCUACCACAGGUAUGGGGCAAUAUCAGCAGAUCCUCACAAUCAACUUCACCAUAACCAAUCUCCCAUACACAUCAAAUGUGAGCAAUGCCUCAACUGUGUUAAACUCAAUUGAAAACAUCCUGCUGCACCUGCUAGAACACCUGUUCCAGAAUGGCUCCUUCAACUCAAGUUGCAGACUGGAUUCCCUCAAGCCUAAGAAGAAUGGAACAGCCACUGGUGUGAAUGCCAUCUGUGCCUACUACCAUGACCCUGCACAUCCUUGGAUGGACAUCCAGGGGCUGUACUCACAGCUGAAAAAUCUAACACAAGGAGUCACACAGCUGGGAAUCUACUCACUGGACAAGGAUAGUCUAUAUGUUAAUAGUUAUAGUCAACCUGGUCCAGAAGAACCUUCUAAAAACCCUGAGCCAGGAACUACAACUCUACCUUCAUCAUCUACAUCUCUGCCAGAAUCUACCACAGGUAUGAGGCAAUAUCAGCAGAUCCUCACAAUCAACUUCACCAUAACCAAAGUCCCAUAUGCAUCAAAUGUGAGCAAUGCCUCAGCUGUGUUCAACUCAAUUGAGAACAUCCUGCUACACCUGCUAGAACACCUGUUCCAGAAUGGUUCCUUCAACUCAAGUUGCAGACUUGAUUCCCUCAAGCCUAAGAAGAAUGGAACAGCCACUGGUGUGAAUGCCAUCUGUGCCUACUACCAUGACCCUGCACAUCCUUGGAUGGACAUCCAGGGGCUGUACUCACAGCUGACAAAUCUAACACAAGGAGUCACACAGCUGGGAAUCUACUCACUGGACAAGGACAGUCUAUAUGUUAAUAGUUAUAGUCAACCUGGUCCAGAAGAACCUUCUACAACUCCUGAGCCAGGCACCACAACUCUACCUUCUCCGUCUACAUCUUUCCAGCCAGAAUCUACCACAGGUAUGGGGCAGUAUCAGCAGAUCCUCACAAUCAACUUCACCAUAACCAACGUCCCAUAUGCAUCAAAUGUGAGCAAUGCCUCAACUGUGUUCAGCUCAACUGAGAGCAUCCUGCUGCACCUGCUAGAACACCUGUUCCAGAAUGGCUCCUUCAACUCAAGUUGCAGACUUGAUUCCCUCAAGCCUAAGAAGAAUGGAACAGCCACUGGUGUGAAUGCCAUCUGUGCCUACUACCAUGACCCUGCACAUCCUUGGAUGGACAUCCAGGGGCUGUACUCACAGCUGACAAAUCUAACACAAGGAUUCACACAGCUGGGAAUCUUCUCACUGGACAAGGACAGUCUAUAUGUUAAUAGCUAUAGUAAACCUGGUCCAGAAGAAACUUCUACAACUCCUGAGCCAGGCACCACAAUUCUGCCUUCUCCAUCUACAUCUCUGCAGCCAGAAUCUGCCACAGCUAUGAGCCACCAUCAGCAGAUCCUCACAAUCAACUUCACCAUAACCAACCUUCCAUAUGCAUCAAAUGUGAGCAAUGCCUCAGCUGUGUUCAACUCAACUGAGAACAUUGUGCUGCACCAGCUAGAACACCUGUUCCAAAAUGGCUCCUUCAACUCAAGUUGCAGACUGGAUUCCCUCAAGCCUAAGAAGAAUGGAACAGCCACUGGUGUGAAUGCCAUCUGUGCCUACUACCAUGACCCUGCACAUCCUUGGAUGGACAUCCAGGGGCUGUACUCACAGCUAAAAGAUCUAAUGCAGGGAAUUACACAGCUGGGCAACUACUCACUGGACAAGGAUGGUUUAUUUAUCAAUGGUUACAAUGAACAUGGUGCAGAAGGACUUCCUACAAAUCCUGAGUUACCCACUACCAUCCUCGCUUCUCCAUCAACAUCUAUGCAGCCAGAACCCACAAUAGCUAUGGGGCAUUUGAAGACUUUCACACUCAGUUUCACCAUCUCCAACCUCCCAUACUCAGCAGGCAUGAGCUCCGCCAUGUUCAACUCUACGGAGAGGAUCCUGCAAAACUUGCUUGGACCAUUGGUCCAGAAUGAAUCCCUCUAUUCAGAUUGCAAGCUGGUUUCCCUCAGGUCUAAGAAGAAUGGAACAGCCACUGGGGUGCAUGCUACCUGCUCCUAUCACCAUAACCCAGCACAUCCUGAGCUUGACACUCAGGAGCUGUAUACAAAGCUGAGCCAGUUGACUCAUGGAGUCACCCAGCUGGGCAACUAUAUGCUGGACCAGAAUAGUCUCUAUGUCAAUGGUUAUACUCACCAGAUUGCAGAAACUACCCCUAGUGGCUAUGUGCUCCCGAAUGUGACAAUAAAGGGCACAUACCAGCUAAACUUUCAUAUCAUCAACUGGAUCCUCAGUAACACAGACCCAACAUCUUCAGAGUAUAUCAUGUUAGAGAAGGACAUCGAGGAUAAGGUUACCACCCUCUACACAAGCAGCCAGCUACAAGAAGUAUUCCAGUCUUGCACAGUCACCAACUUGAUGUCGGGCUCCAUGGUGGUCACUAUCAAGACACUGUUCUCCUCUUAUCUGGACCCCAACCUUGUGAAGCAAGUCUUUUUAAAUAAGACAUUGAAUGCCUCAUCCCACUGGCUGGGUGCCACCUACCAGCUGACAGAUCUGCAAGUGAUAGACAUGAAGCCACUUAUUCUUCUGCCAACAGAAAUCCCAACAAGUUCCAGCUCUCAGCAUUUCAACCUGAACUUCACUAUCACCAACCUACCCUAUUCCCAAGACAUAGCACAGCCAGGCACCACCAGACACCAACAAAACAAAAGAAGCAUUGAAUAUGCGCUCAACAAGAUUUUCAGAAACAGCAGCAUCAAAAGUUACUUUUCAGACUGUCAAGUUUUAGCCUUCAGGUCUGUCUCCAACAGCAACCAUACAGGAGUAGAUUCUCUGUGUAACUUCUCACCAUUGGCUCGACGGGUGGACCGAGUUGCUAUCUAUGAGGAAUUCCUUCGGAUGACGCAAAAUGGUACCCAGUUGCUGAACUUCACACUGGACAGGAAGAGUGUUCUUGUAGAUGGGUAUUCUUCAAGCAGGGGUGAUGAUGUGAUAAAGAAUUCUGGUCUUCCCUUCUGGGCUAUCAUUCUCAUCUGCUUGGCAGUACUACUGAUACUCAUUACAUGCCUGAUGUGCUGUUUCCUGAUGACUAUCUGCAGAAGAAAAAAGGAGGGAGACUACCAGGUUCAACGUCACCGCCUGGGUUAUUACCUGCCUCACCUAGACCUGAGGAAGUUCCCGUGACUCCACAUACCAGGGAUACCUUCUCCUUAGCAGGAUCCAAAGAAUAAAUAAAUCACAUUGGUCAGA